AUAUCCCUCCUUCACUAACCACUCUCUCACAAAUUAAGAGCCUUUUUAAUCACAGAACUUGGGUUUCUGCUGCUACUGGUGUUAUUGUUUGUAGAAGAAAUUAGAAAUGGAGGCCGGAAGAGUGGGGAGGAUAAAGCUAGGUUCUCAGGGACUGGAGGUGUCCGCACAGGGCCUCGGUUGCAUGAGCAUGUCCGGCUCCUAUGGCCCUCCCAAGCCCGAACAAGACAUGAUCCCUCUCAUCCACCACGCCGUCCACUCCGGCGUCACCUUCCUCGACACCUCCGACGUCUACGGCCCCUUCACCAACGAAAUCCUUCUCGGAAAGGCUUUGAAGGGAGGGGUGAGAGAGAAGGUGGAAUUGGCAACCAAGUUCGGAAUUAGCUUUGGGGAUGGAAAGAAGGAGAUCCGUGGCGAUCCGGCGUAUGUGAGAGCCGCCUGUGAGGCCAGCUUGAAGCGCCUCCACUUGGAUUGCAUCGAUCUCUACUACCAACACCGCGUCGACACUCGUCUUCCCAUCGAAGUCACGAUUGGGGAAUUAAAGAAACUAGUGGAAGAAGGUAAAAUAAAAUACAUAGGUCUCUCUGAGGCCUCUGCUUCCACCAUCAGAAGAGCUCAUGCGGUUCAUCCAAUAACAGCUGUGCAGCUGGAGUGGUCUUUGUGGUCUAGAGAUAUCGAGCAAGAAAUCAUUCCUACUUGCAGGGAACUAGGCAUUGGGAUUGUUGCAUACAGUCCUCUUGGACGAGGAUUCUUUUCGUCGGGGGUUAAGGCUGUCGAAAGGCUUACGGACAAGGAGUUGCUAAAGUUCAUACCUAGGUUCCAACCUGAAAAUCUAGAGCACAACAAAAUCAUAUUUGAGCGUGUUAAUGAAAUGGCAACGAGAAAGGGAUGCACCCCAUCACAACUAGCAUUGGCUUGGGUUCAUCACCAAGGGGAUGACGUGUGUCCAAUUCCAGGAACCACCAAGAUUGAAAACUUCAACGAGAAUAUUAGAGCUUUAUCUGUGAAACUCACACCAGAAGAAAUGGUUGAACUCGAAUCAUUUGCUUCAGAGGAUGCUGUUAAGGGUGAUAGGUAUUCGAAUGACAUUAAGACUUGGAAGGAUUCUGAAACUCCACCACUUUCUUCAUGAAAAAUUGCAUAAACAUAGGCUUUUUGUUGUGUGUCUCAAUAAUUUGAAUCCUUAUAGACGUUAAUAUUAUAAUUGAAGUGUAUAUGUUGAGAUCUU